GCUGGUUGCAGCUUGUAUAGGUUUUUUGCGUCUACGGUUUACUAUAAAGCAAUAAUAAUAAUAAUAAUAAUAAUAUUAUAGAACCUACUUUCGUAACGCGCUUGCGUACAAUAUUGUAAAUAAUAUUAUUAUUAUUCCGUACCGUAUAAUAAUAAUAAUACUAUAAUAUACAGUCGGGUAGUCGUGGUGCGGGUACACCCGUGUGUUUCGUAUAUACAGUACUCACACACGAACACACACACACACACACACACACACACAACCGACAUAAACGAUAACAGCGCGAUUUGUGCGGUGGUAGGUCGGGGCGCGGUGUCAGCGGGCGAUAGUGGGCACGAUGAUUCGUAGUCGCUAGUCACUACUCAGUACUCAGGCCUCCGCAGCGUACUGGUUACCCACUGCGGCGCUGCCUCACACUCUCACUGGUCGCUUUGCUGCGGUGUCGGUGUGUUGGGUGACGCGCCCGUUAUCUAUAAUAUUAUUCUGUUCUCCCCGUGGCCCGUUGUCUGGUCACCGCGAACUAUUGCGAUAAUCCGUUGGCGUUUUCGCCGUUCUCCGCGGAUACGGACCCACCCACACAUCGACGACGAUAAUGCUGUUCUGACGCUGCCGACAGGAAAACCGUCAAGAUGCAAACCAUUUCGGUGAGCAAUUGCCUGCAGGACUCGCCCAAGUUCAGGACGCAACUUGAUCGUCAUGAGUCCAAUAUUGAUUUACUAGAACAUAGGUUAGAAAAGGUUGUAAAAGUAUACAGUCUUAUGAUUGAUUCUGGGAAGACAUAUGUAAGUCAACAAUCAUUAUUUGCAAAUAGUUUGUGGGAAAUGGGACUCUGUUUCCGUGAUGACACAUCAUCAACUAAAAACUUAAACAAAAUCAUUCAUGCUCUUCAAGAAAUGAACAAAUUUUUAACAACAUUCCUGGAUCAGGCAUCUCGAACCGUUUUGAACAACUUAACAGUAUUUGUUAAAGAAGAUAUUAAAGCAAGUAAGGAAUCCAAGCAUGUAUUUGAAAAGGCAACAUAUGAACUUGACGCUGCCCUAUUAAGAAACUCUCAGGUACUAAAAUCUCGUCCACACGAAGCAGAUGAACUACUAAGUCAAGUUGCAUCAGCAAGAAGCUCUUUUCGUCAUGCUGCCUUGGAUCAUGUGCAUUGUAUUACUAUGCUUUUAACUAGGAAAAAACCUGAAAUAUUUUCAACACUAUUAUCUUAUAUUCAAGCGUGGGGAACAUACUUUCAUCAAGGUUUUACACUAACUGAAGACUUACAAGAUUUUAUUCAGAGUCUGAACAAAGAGGUAAUUGUUAUGACUACCGAAGCAACUGAAAUGGAAAAUCAACUUAGUGAACAUCACAAAUUGGUCGACAGGUUCAGAAUUGAUGUCAAUGAUACGGUUAUGGUGAAUGGUGAUUGUGAAAAUGGUGUCAAGGACAAGGAUGUGACACGCAUUGAAGGCUACCUGUACAAGCGAACAAGUAAUGCUUUUAAAACAUGGAAUAGACGAUGGUUUUACUUAAAGAAUAAUCAGUUGGCUUACCGUAAACGAAAUGGUGAAAAUUUAUUUACUGUUAUGGAAGAUGAUUUAAGAAUUUGUUCUGUGAAGCCAGCAUGUGAUGCAGAACGAAGGUUUUGUUUUGAAGUCUUAUCUCCAACUAAAAGUCACAUUUUACAAGCUGAUUCUGAGUAUGUAUACAAAUCAUGGAUAGAAGCUCUUCAACAAGGUAUUGAAGAUGCAAUACGUAAUAGACCCCAGCAAAAAAAUAAUCAAAAUGAUGAUGAUUCUAAUGAUUUGAAUGAACAAUUUCAAGUUCCAAAAAUUAAAAAGUCCAAAACGUUGGAUGUGCUCGUUAAAAUUCCCGGUAAUGAAAAGUGUUGCGAUUGCAAAGCAACAAAUCCAGAUUGGGCUAGCAUAAAUUUGGGUAUUACAUUAUGUAUUGAAUGUUCUGGUGUACAUCGUAGUCUUGGCGUUCAUUAUAGUAAGGUUCGUUCAUUAACACUUGAUGACUGGGAGCCAGAGAUUUUGAAAGUUUUGGCUGAAGUUGGAAAUUCUGUUGUCAAUGAGGUGUAUGAAUAUAAUGUUCCUGAUACAGUUAUACGUGCUUCAGCAAAAUGUCUCGGCCCAAUUCGUGAACAAUGGAUUCGAAAUAAGUAUGUUGAUCGCUUAUUUGUGAAACCAAUACCUAAUAAUGAAUUGGUCUUGGAAGAAUAUAAUACAAGAAAAUGGAGUGUCCGCAAAGUAAGACGACGAGGAACUCAAUCUACAGUAAAAAAUGAGAAAAAAGAUAAUGUCAUGGUAAUUGGUGGUAAUACCAGAAGCAUAUCUUUAGAUGUUAUAAGUAGCGAUGAUGAUUCUACAAUUAGUGAUGAUGGAACAGAUGUUGUAGAAGAAGAUAUAUCUACAUUGAGGCCAGAUAUGUUGCUUUACCGAGCUGCAGCAGCACAUAACCUACCAGUAAUGUGUCAUGCAAUAGCAACAGGAGCAGACAAAAAUUGGAAAAAUCCAAAUGACAAUGGGCGGACUUCACUCUUUCAAGCUAUACUCAGUGGUUCUGUGAUGGCUUGUGAGUAUUUGAUACUUAAUGCAUCUGACAUAAACAUUCAAGAUGAUCAUGGCCAAACUCCUCUGUUUUUUGCUACACAAUUAGGCCAUACAGCACAAGUAUGUCUUCUUCUGAAACACAAAGCGAAUCAAUAUCUCAGGGAUCAUGAUAAUAUUGAACCACUAGAAGUAGCCACAAAACAGGCCAAUGCAAAUAUAGUAACAUUGCUCAAAAUCAGCCGUCUAAAUGAUCAGUCUGAAAUUCCAGAAUCUUUCAAAGAUGCAGUACGUGAUUUCACACAACUUACAUUCAGCCCUUUACAUAAAUGAUUAUCGAACAAAAAUUAGCCUUAAUAAAAUCACUAUACUUUACUCUACAAGACUUCUGUGGUUUUCUACUAAAGUAUAAACCUCUUAGAUUUAAUAAGACUAUAUUCAUGUUAAUGAACAAAAUACUAUCGAAUACUUUAUUUUAUUAAUGUAUAAGUGUUUUUUGCCUAAUGUUAUUUUAAUAGUUUUUUUUAUUUUUCAAUACUUCUAUUAGAGUUACCUUAUAUUAUUAUGUUACAAACGAUAAAUAAAUAUUAAUUAAAAAUUAUUAUAAUUAUUAUUUUAUUUCAUUUUAAGCAUCAUUGCACCGAACAUGUUUAUAAUAAAUAAUAUACAUUUCCUGUCGGUUUACCUCGUUAUUUGUGAAGCUGUUAUAAUUAUUACAAUUUAUUUCCUAUUUGUUGAAUAUUUUAUAGGAUUUUUAUGAGUAACGAACAUAUGUUUAAACUAACUGUCUUAAUAGUUAGUAGCAAAAUAGAAAAUAAAGACAAAUAUAAACAUACUCUUGUUUGUACUUUUUUUUUUAACAGUAAUAUUAAUUUAUAAAUGGCUGUUAUGAUUGAUAAUGUUCCUGGUGUAUUUUAUGUAAAAGAAUAAAAGUUAAACAAAAGAUAGUAUAUUAUAUUUAAGUUUAAAUUUGAUGUUUAUGCAUAUUAAAUUAUUGUUGUUUGGCAUAUUAAUUUUGGAUAGAGGUGCAAAUCUGAAUAAGUUAUAAUGAAACAAAAAUUUAUCUUAAAUGUACAUACAAGAAGUGUGAAUGAUAUUAAAUAUUAUUUAAGUUGUUAAUGUAUUAAUUGUUUAAAUUGACAUGAAAUAUUAAAAUAAAA